UCCGCCCACCGCGGGAAUCACCUCAGCACGCCGUGGUGGAGGAUUUAAUGCUAAUCCACCUCUGAAAUUCUCACUAAAAUAAAGUUUCUCAGAGUUUAUUUUAGCUGAACACAGAAGGCUGAGCUGAAGGUUUUGACUGCUGGAGAACAGAGCUCAGCGGGAGGCGAGGUGCUGAACCCGCUGGCUGGCAGCCAUGAGUGACCUGGGGAGUUCGGGGCUGCCCAUGAGCCAGGGCACCUUUGAGCAGCUGUGGUGUGACAUAGGCUCAGACAUGGGAUUCAAUCACCUAAUCGCAGAACUGCCGAGAGCUGACAGUGAUGCCUGGCUCACUGCUGCUUUGCCCAAUGGCACCUUCACUGAGAACUUUGAUGAGCUGGAGCUUGCAGAAGUCACUGAGAGUGCUGCUUUAUCUGCUGAGAUUUUGCCAUCUCCGGACAGUAUGCCCCCUACAGCGGCGGUGGUGCCAUCCACCAACGACUAUCCUGGAGAGUAUGGCUUCCAGCUCCGCUUCAACCAGUCCAGCACAGCCAAAUCUGCUAUUUCUACAUAUUCUACUCAGCUGAACAAACUGUACUGCCAGCUGGCUAAGACUUGUCCAGUUGAGGUAUUGGUGGAGAAAGAACCUCCUCAGGGAGCUGUCCUGAGGGCCACGGCUAUCUACAAGAAACCUGAACAUGUCUCUGAGGUUGUGCUGCGCUGCCCUCAUCACCAGAACAUUGCAGAAAAUAACGAAGGUGUUGCUCAUCGCAGUCAUCUAAUCCGUGUGGAAGGCAGCCAGAGGGCUCAGUAUUUAGAGGACCCUAGUACCAAGAGGCAGAGUGUUGCAGUGCCUUAUGAGUCCCCUCAGCUGGGAUCAGAGGGCACCACUGUACUGCUGAACUAUAUGUGCAACAGCAGCUGUAUGGGGGGAAUGAACCGCAGACCCAUUCUUACCAUCAUGACUUUGGAGACACACGAUGGGCAGGUUUUAGGUCGCUGCUGUUUUGAAGUCCGUGUUUGUGCCUGCCCUGGGCGAGACCGUAAAACGGAAGAAGAAAAUCUUGGUAAAAAUACUGUGAAGACUGCCACAGGAGCUAAAAGAAAAUCUUCGGUUCUGGACUUGAUAUCCACCACCCUGAAUGCAGAAUCGUCCAGCAGUAAAAAGAUAAAGAUGGAUUCCAGUGGAGAGGAGGAGAUCUUUGUUUUGCAUGUCCGAGGUAAAGACAGGUAUAAUAUGCUGAAGAAGAUAAAUGACAGUUUGGAGUUGAUGGAUGCAAUGACAGCUGCAGAAAAGGACAAGUACAAACAGAAACGUGCAUCUAAAGGCUUGACCAAACAUGAGCAGGACCUCAUACAGCCAAACCCUGGGAAGAGGCUUCUUCUGAGGGACGAUAAGACAGACACUGACUGAAAACAAGCUUGCUUUCCUGUUGGUCAGCAUUUUGGCUCACUGUAGGCUAAAGUUUGUUUUGUAUUGACCAAUUUUAUUGUUUGCUGUUCAGCUAGCUCACUGCCCUUUUGAUACAUAUGCUUGGAGCUUAGUAUAUCCAGUUUUCCAUUUGGAAGUGCCACGGCUUUGCGCAUCAUUCUUAUACAAACCCUGUGAAUUUUCUUUGUGAUUUGAUAAUGGCCCAUAAAAUUUCAUUGAAAUGGAAUUGCAGGUAAUGUGGCAUUGAUGAUCAUGUGUUAACUGUUGUAAAUUCAUUCUCAGGUCAGUUUAUGAUCAUUUUGAUGUUAGUAUUUCUCCAUGUCUUUUUUCUACUUUUGUCAUUCCAGAUCACUUUUUAUAUGGAAAGUAUUUUUGUAAUCCUAAUGAUGUUUGUUUCUUUUAGACGUUGAGCAUCUCAUGGAACUCUUGUUGCUUGCUCUGACUUGUGUGAUGUGUAGAUUAAGGGGAUUAACAUUUUAACUCCUAUUAAGGAGAUGACAUAAAAACAUUUUUUGCACUUAUACUUUUGUACUCUUUUAGACUCUCUUGUAUGCAUUUGCCACACAGUUUCAUUUAAGUUUGGACUUCAUGCCAGGUUCACUUGGGAAGUAGCAUGAAGACGAAUGCAGUUAAGACAUGCUGUAUUAUCUAUAAGAAGCUCAAACAACAGUCUUUUGAUAAAACCUACUUUUAACUCUUA